AUGCUAACAACCGCUCCAUUGUUAUUAAAAUUUCCUGAUGAUAAUAGGCCGAUAAUCCUGUCGACAGACGCUUCAGAUUACGGAAUUGGCGGUGUUCUUCAACAAGAAAUCAAUGGCGAACCCCAUAAUUUAUGCUAUGAUUCACAAUUGGAGUACAAUAUCGAACAAGUAAUACAUAUUACAGGCCGUUACAAUUGUCUGCCAGAUUUCAUGUUACGACAUCCAAUUUCCGAAAAAGAAAUAAUGCAUUUCGGUUAUAGUUUGGAAGUCAGUCAAGAUCGUCCUCCUGUAUUCGGGAUGGUCGGUGUAACCACAAGAUCCAAAUCAAAGCUAGACGCAUCCACGAAUCAGCAAUCCAUUCCAGUACAUCCUUCAGCGUCAACGGUCAAGAAUGCACCCCAGAAAUUUGUCUCUCAUUUCGAUAUUACCAGAUUGAACGAAGAACAAGCCAACGACCAAAAAUUUGAAAAUAAAAUUGAAGAAGUUCGCGCUAAUCCGACCAAACAUCCUUAUGUGUUUCAAGACGGUAUUCUUUAUAAGUUAGCAACCAAAAAACGAGGAGCAACAAAAUCCAAAUUAAUCUAUUUACCAUCUUCGAUGAUAUUACCAGCUUUUCGUGCAUAUCACGAUCAGUCUACAGUGGAACCAGCUGAUGGAAGCGAUGGCUAUUUGCUUGGACACCACCACAUUUAUUCAACAACAUAUCAUCCACACACAAAUGAUAUGAUUGAAAGAUUUAAUGAGACCUUCAUUCCACAACUAGCCAAAUUACAAGACACAGAAUUCAAUAACUGGAAUUCAUUUCUCCCUUCGAUGGUUUUCGCAUAUAAUACGGGACAGCAUGGUACCACAGGUUAUUCUUCAUUUCAAUUGCAACAUGAACAAAAGCCAAAAUUACCGCCGGAUGAACCACCAAAACAAGUGAUUUUCACCAAACCUAAUGAUUAUUAUCAGCAACUGAAGAAAAAUUUAUCAUGA